AGCAGCACCACUCGUGGGGUUAAAACCCCAAGAACUGCAUAGGAGCAGCGGCACAAGGCCAGCAGAAGCUUGCAGCAAGAAGAAGGAGCAAGUAGCACUCAGAAGAAGGAAGUGCACUUCUUUCUCUCUCACUCGAACUACUAUUACGAGCAAAGCAGCAGGAAGCUAUAAGCAAGAAGAAGCGGUAGCGGCAGCAGCAUCUUGCUCCCCUCCGGCGCCAGGCGGCGGCGGCGGUCGGAUCUGCCGUGGAGCGUCGGCCGAGUCCUCAGGAGCAGGGGAGCUCUCGUUUCGGAGCUCGUGGCGGCGGGAUCUGAGUCUGAGGGCGCAGCGGCCGUUGUUAACAAUCGAGAAGGCUCCUCUGCUCCAAGCGCGUUUCUUGCCUCCCGGAGCCGCAAAGGCGGCGCAUUCCGCCGCCACAGUCGUUUCCUCCUGAAGACUGCAGCUCCCGCUUCCCGGAGACGAAGCUGGGGGUUCUUGGAUCGAGGGGCUCGAAAUUUUCGACUUCUUGGAUCGAAAAAGAUUGCGCCUUGAGGGCGCGGCGGAGCCAGGGCGAGAGGUUUGGCCGGUUUUGGGGAGGAGAAAGCGAUGGCGAUGCUGCUUGGAAGCGCUCGUGAUUUCGUGUAGGAAAGAAGUGAAGCUUCCUUUUCGUUUUUCUGCUCACUUCCCUCUCAAGUUCUAGCUCGGUUGUUGAGUGGCUGGGGUGUAGUAUGAAGCUCUCGCCGUCGGCCGGCGGCGGCCUGCCUGACCAGCCGGGGUCGCCUGAAGUAGCAGAAGAGCACAAGUGCCUAAAUUCAGAGUUGUGGCAUGCUUGCGCCGGGCCCCUUGUUUCGUUACCGGCGGUUGGUAGUCGGGUGUUGUAUUUUCCUCAAGGUCACAGCGAGCAGGUAUCCGCAUCAACCAAUAAGGAAAUUGAGUCCCAGAUCCCCAAUUACCCUAACCUGCCUCCGCAGCUUAUAUGCCAACUACAUAAUGUGAUCAUGCACGCUGAUGCAGAGACUGAUGAGGUCUGUGCACAGAUGACGCUACAACCACUCAGCCCACAGGAGCUCAAGGACCCAUUUCUACCUGCUGAAUUAGGCACUGCAAACAAACAACCAACAAAUUAUUUUUGCAAAACAUUAACUGCAAGUGAUACAAGUACACAUGGUGGAUUCUCUGUUCCCCGCCGAGCAGCAGAGAAGGUGUUUCCUCCGUUGGAUUUCACUCAGCAGCCUCCAGCACAGGAGUUGAUGGCGAAAGACCUUCAUGGCAAUGAGUGGAAAUUUCGUCAUAUCUUUCGAGGCCAACCAAAGCGGCAUCUUCUGACCACAGGUUGGAGCGUCUUUAUAAGUGCUAAGAGACUGGUUGCUGGAGACUCUGUCCUCUUUAUCUGGAAUGAUAACAAUCAGCUUCUUCUGGGAAUUCGUCGAGCAAACAGGCCACAAACAGUCAUGCCAUCAUCAGUGUUAUCUAGUGACAGCAUGCACAUCGGGCUUCUCGCUGCAGCUGCUCAUGCUGCAUCGACAAAUAGCCGGUUCACUAUUUUCUAUAACCCAAGAGCAAGCCCUUCAGAGUUUGUCAUACCACUGGCUAAAUAUGUAAAAGCUGUGUACCAUACCCGUAUAUCUGUGGGCAUGCGUUUCCGUAUGCUUUUCGAGACAGAAGAAUCCAGCGUUAGGCGAUAUAUGGGAACAAUUACAGGAAUAAGUGACCUUGAUCCUGCUCGUUGGCCGAACUCGCACUGGCGUUCUGUAAAGGUUGGAUGGGAUGAGUCAACUGCUGGAGAGAGGCAGCCGAGGGUGUCUCUUUGGGAGAUUGAGCCUCUGACAACUAUACCGAUGUAUUCAUCUCCUUUUCCUAUGAGACUGAAGCGGCCGUGGCCAACAGGAUUACCUUCCUUAUAUGGUGGAAAGGAAGAUGACUUGACCUCUUCUCUUAUGUGGCUCCGGGAUGGUGCAAACCCAGGUUUCCAGUCAUUCAAUUUUGGUGGACUUGGUAUGAAUCCUUGGAUGCAGCCAAGGUUGGAUACUUCCCUACUUGGUCUGCAACCUGACAUGUACCAAGCAAUAUCAGCAGCAGCUUUACAGAACCCGGCGAAGCAAGUAUCACCUGCAGUACUGCAGUUCCAGCAGCCCCAGAACAUUGCUGGUCGAUCUCUUGUAUCGAGUCAGAUUCUGCAGCAAGUACAGCCUCAGUUUCAGCAGAUGCACCACCAAAACAUCAAUGACAACACAAUUCAAGGCCAUAAUCAGUCUGAGUACCUCCAGCAACAGCUUCAACGCUGCCAAUCAUUCAACGGUCAGAAACCGCAGGAGCAGCAACAACAAGAAUCACACCAGCAGCAACAGUCACAGCACCAACACAUGCAAGAACAGAAUCACUCCCCCAACUUUCAGUCCGUACCAAAUGCAUUGUCGGUUUUCUCUCAGCUUUCUCCCAGCACUCAGUCUCCACCUUCCAUAAUGCAGACAGUUUCAGCGUUCUCACAGCAGCAAAAUUUCCAAGACACAGAUAUUAACUCCCUUUCUCCAUUGAAUAUCUCGUCCAUGCAUGACGUGUUGCGACCAUUUCCUUCAGAAGCAGGUUCGAACCUCCAAGAUGUGCCAAGAACCACCCCUGUACCUGUCUCUGACCCGUGGUCGUCUAAGCGGGUUGUGAUGGAGUCUGUGAUCCCUUCUCGAUCUCAUGUUACAGUGUCGCACAUAGAACAGUUGGAUUCAGCUCCUUCUAAUAUACCUCAAAGCUCUUCAUUGGCACCAUUGCCUGGAAGAGAGAGUGUGGUGGAUCAAGAUGAGAAUUCUGACCAUCAAAACCACCUAUUGUUUGGUGUUAAUAUAGACUCUCAGUCACUUUUGAUGCAAGAUGACAUUCCAGGCCUUCAGAAUGAGAAUGAUUGCAUUGCAAGCCUUCAGGAUGACAAUGGUUCAAACACGAUACCAUAUUCCACCUGCAAUUUCCUGAGCCCUUCUCAAAAUAAUUUCCCCUUGAAUGAAGCACUAACUAGUUCAGGCUGCUUAGAUGGAUCAGGAUAUGUUCCAUUUUCAGAAAAUCCUGAUCAAGUAAAUCGACCACCUGCCACUUUCGUGAAGGUUUACAAGUCUGGAGCUGUUGGAAGAUUGCUCGAUAUCACUAGAUUUAGCAGCUAUCAUGAACUACGAAGUGAGCUAGGGCACCUAUUUGGCCUUGAGGGCCAGUUAGAAGACCCUGUGAGAUCAGGCUGGCAGCUUGUAUUUGUUGACCGAGAGAAUGAUGUCCUUCUAGUUGGCGAUGAUCCAUGGCAGGAAUUUGUGAACAGCGUGUCCUGCAUAAAGAUACUAUCGCCACAGGAGGUACAACAGAUGGGCAAGCAGGGCAUCGAGCUCUUGAGCUCGGCUCCUGCAAGGAGGCUCGGCAAUGGUUGUGAUAACUACGUUAGCAGGCAGGAAUCGAGGAACCUAAGCACUGGGAUCGCGGCGGUGGGCUCUGUUGAGUUCUGAAGAUUGAGAGCUCAUGGCCCUCGGUUUUAGGCUGGUCUGUUCUGUAUGUUUCUGCAAGCUCCUCCCUAGUUUUGUGAACUGAAACCAAAGCACAUAGAUCAAGCGUGGCUCAAAGCUAUCCGCGAUUUGAUUAUUAUGUCAUAUGAUAUGGAUUUAGUAGUAACUCCUGCAUUUCGGUAACACAGGCUGACACUUCGUUCUGCAGAAUACCAGCGCUGUUCGUGUAGGUAGGGCCUCUAAUUAAUAUUAGACUCCUUCACCCUUGUUGCUUAGUUCCACACAUGCUUGUUUCGGUCAAUAUUCUGUAUACUGAUGAUGUUUUGGUUCCACAAUGUUGCUAUGGACAAUGGCGAUGAACGCUAAUCCAUUACGCAAUGGCCAAACUUUCUACAUUGUGAGUACAAUCAUGUGGCGACGAAUUGCAUGAAUUCUGUUAAA